UCCAGCGUCUGCCUGCUGUUAUUGACAACCCUAAUGUGUACUUUCGCCUUUACCCAAACGGACGUUUUAACGUAAAUUACAAAUAUUGGAACACCAUGUAGUGUCCGCGGAACUUUACCGUCGGCUGCUGAAGGAAAGUUAACAAAAGUGGCUAAAGCUAGCAGAGUUAGCUUGCGGCGACGCUUUUGUUUUGUAGGCCUAAUGUUGCGCGUUUUGAGGGCGGAAGUGCACAUUUAAAGUCACAAUGUCGUACACAGACAUCCCUCGUAUGCUGGCACUGGAGGAGGAGGUGAGGAGUCUGUCGGAGGACUUGAUGCAAUGUCAGGCCGAUAAAGACUUUGUGUGGUCCCUGUGGAAACGCCUACAAGUGGCCAAUCCAGACUUGACCCAGGCUGUGAGUUUGGUGGUUGAGCGUGAGAAGUACAAAGCGGAGAUGAAGGACAGGAAAGUGCUGGAGAUCCUCCAAAUCAAGGACUACGAGAUACAGGAUCUGAAGGAGCAAGUGUCAGGGCAGCAGCAAAAGAUCAACAAGCUGCUCCAGAGUCGGACAGUCACGGACAAAGAGGGUUCUUUAAUGAAGAGCGAGCUGGAAGCUGCGCGUCAACAGCUGCUCGGCAAAAGCACGGAACUUGAGGAAUUGAAGACGCAGUGUAGGAGGAGAGAGGAGGCGGCGCAGCAAGUGGUCCGGGCUCUGGAGGAGGAGAAAGAGGGAUUAACGUCCCGCUGUGUCGCCCUGCAAGCUGACCUGGCAGAGAGAGAGAGGCAGGCCAGUGACCACCGUGACCAGAGGGAGGCUGCCCAGGCCAGAGUCAAGGAUUUGGAGGAAGAGUUGGGACGAGCCCUGCAGGAGGUAUGCAGGUUGCAGAACAAGAGUAGCUCUUUGGCAGCUUGCAUAACUAUCAAAGAACAGGAGGUGGCAACAAAAGAGGAUCAGCUCCAAAAAGUUGGCUGCGACUUGGCAGAAGUGCAGACGUUGUACAAACGGAGCACAGAGCAUGCGGAGGCACAAAGCCAUCUGAUCAAGCAACUGGAGGGACUCAACCUGGACACGCAGAGAGUGCUGAGGAACCAGGAAGAGGUGCAUAGUGCUGACAACACCUCCUGUCAGAGGCUGUACAGCGAGCUGAGUCAGUCCUACCAGACCCUCAUGUCGAGCGAGGCCAAGCUGCGCCAGAGCCACCAGGAGCUGAGCGGCCAGCUGGCUCAGAAAGAGCAGCAGCUACUACAACUGCAGGCCCAGCUGCAGAAACAACAAAAACAGCAGCAGGAGGAGGAGCAAUUUCCAUCACGACCAACGGCCCAGCACACAGCAGUUUGUGCCUCGACCCAAAGACAAACCAACUUGAAAGCAGCGGUACCUGAGCAGGCCCUCGCCGCAUCCUGGGGGCGUAAUUGUGAGUCGCCAGAGGACAAGGCCCUGCAGCGCACCUCUCCUGCCAGAAGGCAGCAGGGUGCACCUGUGCAGCGAUCCAGGUCUCUGUCCCCCGCCAGCAGUGCCGAGUUUGAUCGCGGGAGGAGACAAGGUGCACAACAAGGGAUGGAAGACCUCGAGGAGUUGCUCCAAUUGAAGAUGGAAGAGAACGAAGAACUGAGGAAGGCUCAUGAUAGGCGGCGGGAGAGACUGUGUGUGCUUCAGAAAAACUACAAAGCCGUUAAUGACCAGCUGAAGGAGUCGCAAAAAGCAGACGACGUGCCUCGUGGAAGGAUGCAGCGAGCCCAGCCAUGGCAGCUCAGACAAGAGGACAGCGAUGCCGUGUGGAACGAACUCACCUACUUUAAAAACCUCACAAGGAAGCUUACCCUGGAAAGGGCCGACUUAGACGAGGAGCUGGACUCCCUGCGGGUCCAGUCUGCAAUGGACCGGGCCACUGUGAAGGAAUUCCACCUGCGUCUCACUGAAGAACACCAGGAGCUGCUCGGCAAAGUGCUGCAGGAGCGCCGGGUCAAAAGAAGCACGCCGAGAAAGCCCUCCCUUUCUUCGCAGCGAUUGGAAGAGUCGUUCAAAAAGAUCCAGCAGCUGGAGCAAAGGAUGCUGUCCCUUGAGGGGGAGACGGAGCGGCUGAGGGAAGAGAAACAGCAGCUCCUUGAGGCCAAUGAAGACUUGGCCCAUGACUGCUGCAGACUCCAAGCCUCGCGGGACCACCUGCAAGCCCAGGAAGACUUUAACUCCCAGGCCUUGGCCCAGUGGGAACGGCAUCGCGGCGAGAUCGUGGCUCUGGGCCGGCUGGCCGUCUCUGGAAAAGAGUCCUCCGAGCUCCGUCAUCAGCUGCUGAAGCUGAGGCAGGAGUUGGGCAUUCUCCGUGCGGCCCGCGACUUCUACAGGAACCGAACGGCGGCACCAUCGCGGGCCGGGAGCGCCGGCGGUAUUAGCGGCAAAGCGAAGUUGAAAACAAUUAAGCUCAGGGGUUCCAGCCGCCGAAGCGUCAUCCCCAAUCAAGCCAUCAGCUGGCAAGGCCGCAUCCCAAGUCCCUCUAAGGACGAGUGGGAGGACUUGAGCGGCGAGAGUGAAGAAUACUUGGACAGCCUCAACGACGCGCCCUCAGGGACCGUGUACCAUGGACCACAUCAGAAGAAGUUGGACAGGUGUCAGCCGGCUGCAGACGCGCAGGUGUCGAACAGGAAGCAUGCUGAUGUCGGAGAUCAAGACAACAAAUGGCAAGAGCGCUGGGAAGGUGGGACGAGAGGCGAGAAGAGGAGGAAGUGGAUCCUAAUUAAGGCCCAUCAUGGUGCCGCCGCCGCCUCCUCGUCCUCCCUGCGGCAGCGCGUCGAGUCCCUGCAGCGGCACAUCCACGUACUGCGCCGUGCCAGGAAAGACGCCGUGCUCUGGGCGCGAGAGCAACAGAGGGCCAACGACAGAAUCACAGCGCAGCUCACCUGCCUCACUGAGAAACUGAGCAGCAGCAAGCAACUGACACAGAAGCUGAGCUCGGAGCUGGCGGGUGUGGAGCAGCAGAAGAAGGUCCUGCAGAUGGAGCUGGAGCAGUGGCGGCAGAGCACAUUCCCACAACUCACCGCACAAUCGCCAGCGAGCGUGGGGUGUUCCUGCCGGGCCCUGCAGGUGGAGGUCAAACAACUGCAAGCCAAAGUCAAGCAGAGUACAAGUGCGGAGGUCAGCAGGCAGGUGGCGACUAACAAAGCCCUGCGAGGCCAACUGCAGGAGAAGGAGGACAAGCUCCGCCAGUUGCAGGACAAAGCCAGCCACGCCGAGAGAGACGCGGGCAUGAAAAAGCAGCUGCUGGACGACCUGAAGACCAGGCUGAAGUUCCUGCAAGAGAUGGAGAAGAGUUCCCGCAGCCAAGUGGAGGAGUCGGAGAAGAAGGUCAAGUCUUUGUCAGAGGAAGCCUCCAACAGAAAGGCCUUCAUUGAGUCUCUAAAGAGGCGACUGAACGUGGCGACCACAGAGAAAAGCCAGAACCAGGCGUCUUGUGCCAGACUGAAGGACGACCUGGAAAAAAAGGAGCAGAGAGUUCACGCCCUGCAGGCUCGCGUGUCCGCCAGCGAUCUGGCCUUGGCCGCUCUGGAACACAGCGCCACUGAGCAAAUGGAGAGACUGAGCGAGCAGAACUCCCGAGUCUUGGACGGGCUUCAGAGACAGCUGGACCAGGCCUCCUCCCAGCUGGAGCAGCUUCACGCUUUCAUCAAGGCCCUGGCCGGCGAGAUAGUUGCGGAGGUGCACCAGGUCAAGCAGCAGCUGAUGAAGAGGAGGAGGUUGAGGCAGGCCGGUGCUGUUGCGGCUAAAGGCAAUCCUUUGGCCAAGUCCAUGAUCAAAGCCAAGUCCAUCGCUGCCUCCAUCCUCAAUAUGUCCGAGAACGAUCUGGCGGACAUAAUGGACUCUGAGCAGGGGACAGAGACUCUUUCAGGGAUUCCGGGAGAUCAGGACUGGCUGUGUCAUCUCAACUGCAUCCUCCAGCAGAAUGUGCCCUCUGCCGUCCAGCUCAUGGAGGCUUUGCGUGUGAAGAUGAAGGAGAGGAAGGUGCUGACAGAAGAGCUGGCCAUGCUCAGCUAAGAAAAAGAACCGUCACCCCUCCAACUCUCAUCCCGACUCGGCGGUAACUCGGCCCGACUUGAAUAUUUUGGUGAAGCAACCUCGGACCCGCGGCGGGUGGAGCUUUUUAUAAUGAGCCCUCGACAUCUGUGUUGGCGCUCGGGGUGUGUCGGGGAAAAAGCCUUUUGGCGCCUCUCCUCCCGGUGAUGAAGCUAAUCCCUCACUUUUAUUACCAUUUAUUUACUGUUAGGUGACACAACACAGUCUUAAUAUUCACAGUUUUGCACACUUCUAGGGGUUUACUCCAUCACAUAGACCUGAAAUUCUGUUGAGCAUAUCCACUGCAAAAAGUCAGUGUUCAAAAACAAGAAUAAUUAAAGCUACAGGCAGCGAUGGACGGGACUGACUUUUGCUGGUGUUUCCUGCCUUUACCCAUUCAACAUAUCUUUAGCUGCACAGUGUAGAUCUAAGUCAGACCUACAUAGAGCUUUUUGUUUCAUGUCUCUACGACAUUCCUAACGGAAGUUACAAGUACUUUUUGUCUGUGUUUUUUCCUAGGGGGCGCUAGAGCGCAAUUUUGAGUUUAGGGGUUUGGUUUUCUAUUAGAUGGCAAUUUUCGCCAGUCCUGAUGUGUGUGUAAAAUUUGGUGAGUUUUGAAGCAUGUUAAGGGGGUUAAAUUACAGCUCAAAGAGGCGGCGGUAUAAUAAUAAUACAACCUUAGAAAUACAAUAGGGUCCUCUGUCCCAAAGGGACAUUCGGUCCCUAAAAAUUACAAACAUUUUAGGUAUUUUAUUUGAACUAAGUAAAAUUAUCUACCAGAACAAGAACCUCUGGCUUGUCAAGACUUUCCAAAAGAAGUCCAAUUAGCUAACCUCAAUGAACCCAAAAAUAGCUUCAAAUACGUAUAUUCUCACUAAUAACAACUGUACAAGUACAUAUCUUUUAUUGUUUCAUUAAAAAUAAAACGCACUCAAUGGGCCUUAGUGUGUGAAUGUUGUCUGUCUAUCUGUGAUGAGGUGGCGACUUGUCCAGGGUGUACGCCGCCUUCCGCCCGAACACAGCUGAAAUAGGCUACAGCAACCCCCGUGACCCCAAAAGGGACAAGCGGUAGAAAAUGGAAUGUAUGGAUAUUUACUUUAAGGUGACCUAAGACAGUCUUAAUAUUCACGGUUUUGUCCACUUUUAGGGGUUUUACUUCUUCACAUACACCUGAAAUUCCGUUUAGCAUAUAAACUGCAAAAAGUCAGUGUUCAAAAACAAGAAUAAAAAUGACAAAUA